AUUACUGUGGAGACCGUUGUUACUUUGAGAUAAUAAUCAUCGCGCUUUGUUUAUCAAGUGGCCAAUGGCCAACUAAUUCUGCUCAGCUCAUUGAUAUUUGUUGCCUGAAAUUUAGUAACGAAGAGCCUUCUAUACCAGUGUGUAUAAAGGUUCCUUCGACAUCAGAAGAGAAGAGAAGAGAAAGGAGAUACUUGGAAAAAAAAAACUAAAAAAUACCUUUUGAAAUUAUCGCCAUUUGGUAUACUCUUAAACUACCAACAAGUUAUUGCGACUAAUUCGUAACUGCGUUAUAAUUAAUAUUUGAAUUGUCAUCAUGAAGGUUUUAUGUGCUUUUAUUGUUGCACUAGGUUGCAUUGGUGCAUCCUUUGGUGAUGGAAUAAUGAAAUGUACAUUAAGACCAGGAGAUUUUCCCUUCGAAUGGCGUGACAUGGUUGAUCCAUGUAUCAAAGAACUAGAAGCUCAAGUUAAAACAGAAAUAGAGGCUUCUAUGACUUACUUAGCUAUGGGUGCUCACUUCUCUCAAGAUACAGUCAAUCGUCCAGGAUUUGCAUCAUUUUUCUUCGACAGCGCAAAAGAAGAACGUGAACAUGCUAUAAAAAUAAUCGAGUACUUGUUGAUGCGUGGACAACUGACCAGUGACGCAAGCAAACUUCUUAAAUUCCCACUGAAACCAAUUGCCGAGGAAUGGAUUAAUGGAGUAAAAGCUCUUACUGAAGCGCUUCGUUUGGAGACACGUGUCACUCGCAGUAUCAGGAAAAUAAUCGAAAUAUGUGAAAAGCCGGCUGAUAACUUCAAUGAUUAUCAUCUCGUGGACUGGUUGACUGGAGACUUCUUAGAAGAGCAGUACAAAGGCCAACGUGACCUCGCUGGCAAGAUUUCAACACUCGACAAGAUGAUGGAUAGCCAUGGUCCACUGGGUGAAUUCUUGUUUGACAAGAAAUUAUUGAAUGGAGAGUUGUAAAUUCCAUUCAGUCAAUUAAUAUUAAUUGAUAUCAAUUAAUAUACUUAAUUAAAAAAAAAAGAACAAUUUUAAUAUUUAGUAGAUCAUACGUAAUUAUAUACUAUAAUUAUUCUUUGUAAUUUUUCCUUUAAUUUUUUUUU